CGUUGACUAUUUUUACUUUAGUCAAAAGUUAAACCCUAGGAAAUCGUAAUCGGUAAUUCACUGAUUCCUCUCUCUUCAACCAUUCAACAACACCAUCAAAUCUAAAAAAUCGAAGGGAAGAAACUCGAAAUUGAAGCCUAGGAUUCUACCUACAACUAGAAAUCGAGCAUGGACAGAUAAGUAGUUGACUGUGUGGAAUCGAGCUGCAUUACAGCAAUUCAUUUAUAUUAUUAUGGAUCAUGCUUCUUCAUAGUGAGUGAAGAACACAGUAUAACAAGAUGGAGACUAGUAGUGAUAACAAUUUUAAAUCAAAGAGAAUUGUUUUUGUGACUGUUGGAACAACAUCUUUUGAUUCUCUUGUUAGAAGUGUGGAUACUGAACAAGUUAAAGAAGAAUUGUCAAAGAAAGGAUACACUCACCUUGUCAUUCAAAUGGGUCGUGGAUCCUACAUCCCGAAAAAGUCUAGUGGUGAAGAUGGAUCACUGGUUGUUGAUUACUUCACCUUUUCUUCAAGCAUUGCAGACUAUUUAACAUCAGCAUCUCUUGUUAUAAGCCAUGCAGGUUCAGGGAGCAUAUUUGAGACAUUAAGGCUAAGGAAACCUUUAAUAGUGGUAGUGAAUGAAGACCUAAUGGACAACCAUCAAAGUGAGUUAGCAGAAGAAUUAGCAGAAAGGAAACAUUUAUUUUGUGCUCACCCUCAAACACUCUACCAAGUCAUUCAAUCAUUGGAAUUGGAAUCCAUCAUUCCAUACCACCCAGGUGAUGCCACUCCUGUCGCUAAACUAAUCAAUCGGCAUCUGGGUUUUCCUGCUGAUUGAUCAAUCAAAUUAACUUCGUAUUGAUAUUAUUAUGUUAUACCCAUUUAUUGAACUCCUCGUACAUCUAUAACGUAAAAAAAAGACAUUGUAAAAACACAACUCCACUUUUGAGUAGUAAUACCUCAUGAGAUUCAGACU